UUACCCACAGGGGAUUGGUUAGGAGACAGAAGAUCAGUGACCUCCACCCUCUAUGUGUAACGUAUGAGUUUAUGGUGUGUUGGUGUGGAGCGUGUGUGCAUUAGAAGCUGUAGUUGGUGUUUAAAAAGCUCCUUCUUUUUUGUCCCUGCAGUUCUCCCCCAGCAUUGGGUGGCAGAAGAGGAAGAUAUCUGUAACCAACAGAGAAACUUCAAAAUGGAGAAAGAGGACCCGGGACCUCCAUCGAUUAAAGAGGAGCAGGUUGAACCAGAACCUCCACAGAUUAAAGAAGAGCAGAAGGAACCAGAACCUCCACAGAUUAAAGUAGAGCUGGAGGAACCAGAACCUCCACAGAUUAAAGUAGAGCUGGAGGAAACGGAACCUCCACAGAUUGAAGAAGAGCAAGAAAGACUUUGCAUUGGUCAUGAUGAAGAUUAUCUUGAUCUGAAGCCCUUUUCUUGUCAAGAAUGUGACAAAAGUUUUAGUGGAAAAGGAAAUCUAAAAAAACACAUGAGAACUCAUACAGGAGAGAAGCCUUUUUCUUGUCAAGAAUGUGACAAAAGCUUUAGUGACAUAUGUAAUCUCAAAAGACACAUUAGAACCCACACAGGAGAAAAGCCUUUUUCAUGUCAAGAAUGUGACAAAAGAUUUAGUCAAAUAUCUAAUCUCAAAAAUCACAUGAGAACCCACACAGGAGAUAAGACUUUUUCCUGUCAAGAAUGUGAUCAAAGUUUUAGUCAAAUAUCUAGUGUAAAAAGACACAUGAGAACCCACACAGGAGAUAAGCCUUUUAGCUGUCAAGAAUGUGACAAAAAAUUUAGUAAAAUAUCUAAUCUCGAAACACACAUGAGAACCCAUACAGGUGGAAAGCCCUUUUCCUGUCAAGAAUGUGACAAAAGCUUUACUCAAUUAUCUAGUCUCAAAAACCACAUUAGAACUCACACAGGAGAAAAGCCUUUUUCUUGUCAAGAAUGUGACAAAAGUUUUAGCCAAAUAUCUAAUCUCAAAAGCCACAUGAGAACCCAUACAGGAGAAAAGCCCUUUUCCUGUCAAGAAUGUGACAAAAGUUUUAGUCAGUUAUCUAAUCUCCACACACACAUGAGAACUCAUACAGGUGGAAAGCGUUUUUCUUGUCUAGAAUGUGAAAAAAGCUUUACUCAAUUAUCUAGUCUCAAAAACCACAUUAGAACCCACACAGGAGAAAAGCCUUUUUCCUGUCAAGAAUGUGACAAAAGUUUUAGUCAAUUAUCUAAUCUCAAAACACACAUGGGAACCCACACAGAUGAAAAGCAUUUUUCUUGUUAAGAAUGUGAUAAGAAAUGUAGUGAAAAUUCUAAACUAAGGUAAAUUCACAGCUGAAGUCUAAUACAGAAAGACAAUCAAUGUAUAAAUAGGAACAAGAUCAAGAAAGAACAACAAUAAAAUCACUACGUCAAUUAUUGAAGAUUAUUAAAGCUAUUGGUUUCUAAUCAUAUCAUUCCACUUGGUUGCCUAAAAUGUGUUUAAUAUUGAUCAUUUUUCUUAUGUCAAAUUGUCUGCAUGUAUUUUUGAUUCUUGAUCUUCACAUUAUGACUUUUUACAAAAUGUUCUAUUUAUUUCAAUAGAAUAUACGUUAUCUUUGUUACGUGAUUCACCGAUACUUGUAGAUGCUUAACUAGAUAGUGAUAAUUUAAGGGAAGAAAAUGCAAAAUGAAAACAUAAGUAAGGCAGAGCAGAGGUGGGAUUAAACAAGUUUGUUUCCUUCCAGUCCCUUUCAACCAAUCUAUUGAACUUCUUGUGAAAAUUUUAAUAGUUAUGAGUUUCGUUGUUCUUUAUACAAGAGAGCAAAUGCAUAUUUAUAAGCAAGAGUAAUAAUAGAAUUAAUUGUCUGUUGAAUGUACAACUAUAUUCCAAUCCAAGUAUCCUAUGUAUGACAUGCCACUGUAUGGAUAUAAAUUUCUGUUGGCUGUCUUAUUUAUCAAAUAAAACUCUAUAUGUAAAACA